AUGGUAGACACAACAACAGUAGGAGAAACCACUAAAUCAGGAGAAACAACUACAGAAGGAAAAUCAACUACUGCAGGAGAAUCAUUUACCACAGGAAAAACAGCAAUAGGAGGAAAAACAUCCUCUACAGGAGAAAAAAUCACUGUAGGGGAAACAACUACAGUAGGAGAAACAACUACAAUGGGAGAUGCAACUAGAGUAGUAGUAGCAACAACAGAAGUUAAAACAAUUACAGUAGGAGAAGCAACUACUGCAGGAGAAACAACAACACUAGCAAAAACAAGAGAAACAACUAAACCAGAAAAAUCAACUACAGUAGGAGAAAAAACUACUGCAGGAGAAACAACAACUACAGGAGAAACAAUUAAUGCCAGCGAAACAACUACUACAGGAGAAACAACAAAAGCAGAAGAAACAGCUACAGUAGGAGAAACAACCAUAGUAGAAGAAACACCAACUGCAGGAAGAAAAACUGAAACAGGAGAAACAAAUACUGUAGGAGAAACAACUAAAGUAGUAGAAACAACUAAUGGAGAAACAAUUACUGCCAGCAAAAUAACUACUACAGGAGAAACAAUUACUGCCAGCAAAGUAACUAAUACAGGAGAAACACCUUUAAUAAGAGAAACAACUACAGCAGGAGAAAAAACAAAUGCAGGAGAAACAGCUACAGUAGGAGAAACAACCACAGUAAAAGAAACAACAACUGCAGGAAAAACAACUAAAGUAGAAGAAUUAACUACUGCAGUCAAAACAACUACUGCAGGUGAAACAACAACUACAGAAGAAACAAUUACUGCCAGCAAAAUCACUACUAUAGGAGAAAAUCCUACAGUAGGAGAAACAACUACCGCAGGAGAAAAAACAAAUGCAGGAGAAACAGCUACAGUAGGAGAAACAACCACAGUAGAAGGAAAAACAAUUGCAGGUAAAAAAACUGAAGCAGGAGAAACAACUACUGUAGGAGAAACAACUAAAGUAGUAGAAACAACUAAUGGUAAAGAAACAACUCUAACAAAAGAAGCAGCUACAGUAGAAGAAACAAAUAAAAGAAACAACCAUGGUAGAAAAAACAACUACAGUAGGGAAACAACUUCUGUAGGAGGAACAGCCACAUUAGAACAAACAACAACUGCAGGAAACACAGCUGUUGCUGGUGAAAAAACUAAUGCAGGAGAAACAACUAAUGCAGUAGAAACAGCUAUUACGGGAGAAACAACUACUGUAGGAGAAACAACUAGAGUAGGAGAAACAACUACAUUAAAUGAAACAAUUACUGCAGGAGAAACAACUUCAGUUGGAGAAACAUCUAUAAUAGGAGAAACCACAAUGGUAGAAGAAACAAAUACUUCAGGAGAAACAAGUACAGUAGUAGAAACAACUACAUUAGGAGAAGCAACUACUGUAGGAGAAACCACUAAAGUAGGAGAAACAACUACAAAAGAAGAAUCAACAACAUUAGGAGAAACAACAACUUCAGAAGAAAUUACAGGUAAAAGAGAAACAACAACAGCAGGAAAACCCACUAAAGCAGGAGAAACAACUACAGUAGGAAAAACAACUGCUAAAGAAGAAACAACUACUGCAGGAGAAAAAACUAAUCCAGGAGAAACAACUACAGUAGGAGAAACAACAUUUGCUGGAGAAACAACAACGGCUGGAGAAACAACAACAGUAGGAGAAACAACUGCACCAGGAGAAACUACUUCUAUUGGAGAAACAACUACAGUAGAAGAAACAACAAAUGCAGGAGAAACAACUACAGAAGCAAAAACAAAUACUGCCGGAGAAACAACUACUGAAGGAGAAACAACAACAGUAGGAGAAAAAACUGCUACAGUAGGAGUAACAACUACUUCAGGAAAAACAACUACUGCAGGAGAAAAGACUUUUUCAGGAGAAACAACUACUACAGUAGUAGAAACCAUUACAAUUGGAAAAACCACUACAGUAAGAGAAUCAACUAUAGAAGGAGGAGAAACUACUACAGUAGGAGAAUCAACUAUAAAAAGAGUAAUAACUACAGGAGAAACAACUACUGCAGGAAAACAAAAACAGAAGGAAAAACAACUGCUACAGUAG